GAUAGAAUAAUUUCAUCUCCUUUAAUUUUGACAUUUUCAUGUGGAACGUGGAAGAUCGUAGAUGAAUGAUUGAUGUUUGAUCAUUGAUGAAUUUUGCUAUGCGUAUUGCGUAUGAAAAAAUUAAAAAUCGUAAAAAAGAAAAGUUUGAAAAAUCAAAAAAAAAAAAAAAAUACAAAAAUACGCUAGUCGCAUCAGUCGCAUCGGCAUGAACGAAACGAACGAAAUGAACGACUGUGACGCAUCCCGCGUCCAAUAAAAAACUCGUCAAAAUAGGCCAACAGACUAAAAAUUUAAUGCAAAUGGCUGUGCACGAAAAUAUUUUUGUUAAAAAAGUGCCUUGUGCAUCGUUAUACGAACAAAAUUGCCUUUGUUAAUUAGUGUUUUUGAGAUAUUAUAUUGCGCGAGACAAAGCUCAACUUGUAAUCGAUUGUGUUAGUGCGAAGUACAUGUGUUUGGUUCGUGAACGUGAACAUCGCUCGUCCUUUCGGUACACUUUCGAAGAAUUUCUCUUUAUACGAUCAAAAGUGAUUAUAAAAUGACCACCGAUAAGAGAAGACGGAAAUAAUUUGAUGUCAACAACGUUCGUCGCAGUUAGCGGAUACGUUUCACUACAAUGGAAUCGACGGGUUGGAAUUGUACGUAUCUGAAUUGCGAUUUAGGUUGACGCAACCAUUACUCGAGAUCGGAGCAGUGAAACAGGUAUGUUGUUGAUUUGCACCGAGAAGCCGACGAAACGAAGAUGAUAGCGUAAUUGAUACACCAUUAUCGUAACGUAUAGACGGCGAGUAUUCACGAUGCUCGAGUUUUUAUCUGCGCUGUUUUUAUGGUUAACGAUGAUAACGUUUGCGAAUUGCCAACCGUUCGACGGCGGUUUCGGAAGCGGGUUUUCGUCAAAUAUGCGACUUCUGGACGAAGAUUCGUUGGAUAUGUUCAACAAGACGUUAGCCUCCAAGUCGACGAGUACUAUGCGAAACGACGUCGGGAACGCGCGUACGUCGAAAACGCCCGUCAUUCCACCUCCGCCGACAUCGGCUAAGCAUCCGGUACAGCCGAUAUUGUCGGAUAAUAUCGAAGGGCCGUUGUAUCCUACGAGUCGCGGUUUCAUAACGCCUCCGUUGCCGCGCGAGCAUCACAAUCCGUUCGCUGAUAAGCCAACGUUACGCGGAAGUAAUAGCGAUAACACGGUGUCGAAUCGUAGGCCGCAGAUUCCGAUACCGCCACCGGUGCCUAUAUACAAAAGCGACAAAGAUCGGAUACCGAUUAAAAGGCCCGAUCUGAUAGCGCAGUCUGAUAAUCGAAAGAAAACCAUCAACACGCCCAGUAUGCAAAAGUUACCAGAAGGAUUAAAUUAUUCGGAGCCGAGCAGCAGCCCGAGCAGUACCACUCAUCGUACCAACGACACGUACGACGUCGUUAUACCUAACGUGCAUAAUAUUUCGCGAGUCAGCGUGCUCCGAAUACUGAAUAACGAUAAGAAAUACGAAGUCGGAAACAACAAGCCUCCGCGCUUCGAGCAAACCGAACAAGAAUCGUCGAAAGCGUCGAAAACGUAUCUGAAAGAGGACCCAAAGAACUCCGUGCCGUCGUCGAAAUCGGUCGCCAACAAUGGAAGUAGCGGCGGAGCUGUUAGCACCACCUCAUCGUCGUUACUGCCGGCGUCUACUUUCAAACAGCAGAUGGCAGCGGCUUCGUCAUCCUCGUCGUCAUUCUCUUCGUCGGUAGACGACGAAAGGCGUAAAGAAGCGGUGGUUUACUCUAGUAAUUCGAAUAACGGCGGCGGUGACGCUAGCGGCGAUCCGGACGUGAUAUUCACCGAACAACAACAAGUUACCCAAGCCAAAUCGGCGGAUUUCAAUUCGGCUAUAAAAUCGGUCCAAGAAUCGACGGAAAUGAAUUCGAUGCCGGAUCAUCCGGAACCUCGAGCCAGGUACAUUUUAGGUAUCGCCUGGGAUAUACACGUGUAUUUGAUCGCCGUGUUAUUCGCUGUAUUGGCCGGCGUAUCGGCGUUCAGCUUGUUCAGAAUGAGAUCGUUGAAAUGGCUGCUACCUUACGGGUAUUUUUUCGCGGUGCACGUGCUUCUGAUGACCAUCGGAGCCAUACGCAGUGUUUACCUGUUCUACGACGCUUACAACAUCAGCAGAUCGUUUUCGGAGCCCGUGUCCAGGCUCAUGUUGAACGUGGUGUUUCCGUUUCUGGUCUGCGUAUUCAGCCUGAUGUUCGUGUUCAUUUUGAAGAUAGUCGACCUCAAGUCGGACAUUUAUUACGCGCGUAAAUCCAACGUAUUCAUGCUGUUGGUGGUAGCGUACGUGCUGCUGUCGGUCAGCGUCGAUCUGUACGCCGAUUUCACCCCGUACUCGUCCAGUUUAAUUCUGCUGUCGCAGUGCUUGUACGUGUUCUUGUGCGUGGUGCUGGGCGUAACGUAUAUAAUAUUUUACAAAUACGCGAAUCGUUCGUCGCUGCGUAAACAGAACUCUGUGUACGGUACAGCGUUCACGGAUCCGUUGCGACCGUCGCUGGCGCACGCUAUUCGCGUCAUGCUGGCCACCUCGUUGCUCAGCCUGCUGAUGGCCGCCAUCCAGGUCAUCGGCAUAUUCUGCAUUUACGAUCCGUUCAACAAGGAUCAGCCGCAUCCGUGGCUGUGGUGGGCGUUCCAGCUAUCAGUGCGCGUCAUCGAGGUGUCCAUUUGUUUCCUGGUAUUUUGGGCGGCCGUGCAACCACUACGCGGCGAAGACGAAAAAGAAACGCAAAGCCACAACUCUGCCUCCGGUUUCCCGCUGUUUCCGUGGGGCGUAAACGGCACGCCGCGCGGCAGCGACCACGGAGGCGGUAACGCCGCCGACGACAUAUAUCCGGCUAUCUGCAGCACCAACCAAGCCAUACACAACUACACGUUGCGAACCGGCAAGCAAGUGUACGAAGAUAUAUUUCAGUUCUGCAAUUCGUCCGCGCCCGGUAGCGGGCCCCAUCUGCAGCCGCAACUGCAGCCAUUGCCGCUGCCGCCACCUUCGUCUCAUCACGCUCAUCAUCACGGCAGUGGCCCAGGCGGCGGCGGCACUGUCGUUACUCCAGUUCCUACCCAUCUGCUUCACCACACCGCGGAUCGGCGAUCGUUGAAAAUUCAUCGUCACCAUCCGCCUCCGCCGCCGCCGCCGAAUUCGUCGCAUAUCGGCGACGUCGUCGAUCCUGCGUCGUUGCAUCGUCACGCCGCCGCCGCCAGCGGCAUGUAUACCAUGUACGCGGCCGACAGACGACCGCCUCAACCUUCUCCGUCCAUGUUGAUCGACGAAAAAGGUAUCGUCAGAUUCCGUUCUAUCGCCGACGCCGAACUGCAUACUGCCACUGCCGCAGCUACGUCCGCCGACGAUACGUCUUUCUCUCGGCUUCACCUGAACCACCCUUCCAACGAGAAUUAUUGCUCUUCGUAACGGUGAUUCGUCGUCCGCUUUUAUUUUUCUUUCUUUUCGUUUCUUUUCUUUUUCUUCUUCUUUUUUUCUCGUUCUUUCUUUUUAAUUAUUAGUAUUAUUAUUAAUUAUUAUCAUUAUUUUGUUUACCAUUGGCGUAGGUACGUCGCCAAAACGCGUAUCAUCCUUCUCUCCCCAGCAGCUUUGUUCGUGGUGCCUGCGACUUCUCGGAAUAUUCUCAUCAAAGUUCUAGAACUUUAAUUCUUAUAUUAGUUCUUCUGUUCGGGUGCUACUCGUGUCUGAAAUUUCUUCAAAAUGACCGCGAUAUAGCGGCGAUUUAGGUUUUAAUCAACUAACGGAAUAUUUUAAAUUUUAAAAAGUUCCCAGCCUGAAAGGGUAUUCCCAGGUAAAAUAAGUGAAAUGCCCCUGUCCCGGAUUUUUGAUAUUUUGAUGGAACAUUGUUGGGUACAUGUUGAAAAAAAAAAAGUUCGAGUCAAAAUAAAAAUCCCUUGUCCCACCCCUCUUGCCCUCAAUGGCGAAAAACACACAUUUUUCGGGGAAAAAAUCAUAUUUCAACGAGUUUGGAAUACAUAAUUUGGAAUUCACCGAAAAUAUAAUAUAGAGUAGACAUGAGUCUAGCAACGUGAAUUUUUUCAACAUUUUUUAGCUCGGGGGGGGGGGGAUAUUGGCAAAAGAAAAUUUGAAACCGCCAUAUAUCCUAACAAAAAGAGCGAUACUGCUAUUGAUAUGCGGGCCUCCAAAAACAAUAGAAAACCAAACAGCAUCUUGAAAACCCAAUUUUCGAGCUAUAAGAACCCCCCCCCCCCAUCCAUUUUGUGGCAAACUAAGAUUGACAAUAUAUUGGUAUCGUUAUCAUAUAAAUCGAACUCGCUGAACACGAAUAUGAAGUUAGAUUUGCAGUUGGACCCUCCUAAGGGUCACAUUGUGGAAGGGGGGAUUGCCAAAAAAUUAAGUAAAAAAUUGGCAUCACUGCGUUCCAAAAUAUUUGAUAGUUUCAAGAAUGUUAUCAUUCAAUAUUUUGUCGUCAUCAAUGCAGGAUGUCUAACAGUCCUUCCGGUCCUUCUAGGUCAGCAAAAGUUUGUCUUUUUGCCUAUGGGUCCUUCUUUUCUUGAUAAAGUCAGUAAAAAGUCCUUUUUUUUCCAAAUUUUCAAAUAAUUCUGUCAUUUUAUCACAAUCAGGAAUGGUGUUGUUUUACGUCUCAUUUUAUCAAUUUUCCACAGCUUUCGCCCUGGCUUUGCUCGGGCUAGAUCAUUUCUCUUUUCUUUUCUCGAACCGAAGUUAGAGGGUAGAAAAAUUGACUCCUCAAAUCAAAAAUAAUGCUGGUUUACUCCUCAGGAAUUGUGAAUUUUCAAAAUUUUUUGCCUUCGCUUUGCUCGGGCGUUUACUCGAAUUUUUAAAAAUGAUAAGUUAAAUACCAACCUUAUGUUAUUUUCUGACAACUUUUGAAAUUUGAAAAUUUUAAAGCUAUGAAAAUCAACAUUUUGCAUUAAAAAUGAUGUUUUACAUUUUGAAUUAUUAAUUUUUCACAGUUUUCACCCUUGCAUCCCUCGGAUCAGAUUUGAAUUCUACUACAUCAAUUUUCAAACAUUCCUACUUCCUAGAAUGGAAAAAUCAACUCGAGAAAUUCCAAAAACAUAAUCCAAUAAAUGAAAAAAUUCAAAAAAAUUGUAUUCGACAUUUUUGUUUCUAUCUUCCUUUUUAAAAAAUGGUUCGAACUACAUCUGGCCAAUUAGUUGGGAAAGUAUUGGUGUGAAGAGGGAGGGGGGUGCAGAGUAGUUUGGAGAAUUUCUCAGCCUCGUCUCCUCCCCCCUCCCCCAAUCUCCCACCACACAUGGAUUCGUCAAACCUCUGAAAAUAAAAUGUAAUGUUUAUGUAUGGUAAGUUUUAUGCUCACCUCUGUUUUUUACUUUAAAAAUUUUUUUAAAUCACUUUUUUGAUCACUUUUUGGUUACUAAAGUUACUUUUUUCAGAGAAAUUUGAGCACAAUCCCUGAUAUUAAAAAUUUUCAAAAAAAUAGCUUCCCAAUAAGUCAAUAACUACUCAAUUUUUAUGUCUAAAAAGAACUUGAAAAUGUUGCGUGUGAAAAAAAACAUGAAAAAUAAGGUACAAGGUUUUGUUUUUUGGAUUUGAUGUACACCAGACACUCUGGAUAAGAAACUGACCAGGUCUAUCUAAAUACGAGUAUUAUUAAUUUUUUCGCUUCUUUUAAAAAUUAUAAAUUUUUGAAGUUUUUAUUUGGCAAUUUUGUAAAAAUAAAUGGGGGGGGUAUCAGUUGGUACAUUUUCAAUUAUGAAAAUUUUUCAGUUUUCAGAUUUUGUUAGACACCCUGUAGUUGGACCCUUCUAAAGGUCACAUUGGGGAAGGGAGGAUUGCCCAAAAAUUAAGUUUUUCGUUCAGUGGGAUUGUUCGGAAAUAUUUUGCAAUUUACAUUAAUGAUGUCAAAAAUGUAUAUUGAAAGAUAUCAUUCCUGAAUACUGAGGACAGAUUUUGGCACGUACGUGGUGCCAAUUUUUUGGUCAAUAUUGCUAACAUCAAAAAAUCAUAAAAAACCCUCAUUUUGGCGAUUUUUCUCGAUUUUUUGAAAUCCAAAAAAUUGGCACCACUGCGUUCCAAAACAUUUCCUCAGUUUCAGGAAUGUCAUCUUUCAAUAUUUUGUCGUCAUCAAUGCGAAACAUUUGAGACGAAAAAAUGUUCAAAACACCAACUAACCCAAAAAUAAACGAUUUGAAAAUUUUCAAUCGUUCAGCAAAACCCUAAAAGUGGCCCAAGAUGUUGACAGCAAUAGAAUAGACCAACGCAGAAUCUCAAAUAUCAUCAUUCGGGACGGGGCCAUUUUUCUUUUAACAAAUUGGGCGGGGCUAAUGCGAAAAACACGAUUUUUUCGAAAAUACCCCAUUUCUGAGGGUCCAUAUCUUUACACCUCAGGAGCUAGAAUUUUUUCUGUAAGUAUAACUUUCAACUCAAAAUGACGAUUCUGCUAAAUUUGGUAUAAAUCCAUCGAGUUUUUGUUGUUUUUUUUUUGCAUUUUUCACGAAAGUCGAAAACCCUAAUUUUUGGGCAACCCCCCCCCUUCUUCAAUGUGACUUUUGGAGGGUCGAACUUAAAAUCUAACUUCAUAUUCAUGUUCAGCGAGUUCGAUUCAUAUGAUAACGAUACCCAUAUUGCCAAUCUUCUUUCGCCUCAAAAUUGGAGAUGGGGGGGGGGCAUAUGGCCCUAAAAUUGAGUUUUCAAAAAGUCGUUUAGUUUUCUACUGUUUUUGAAGGCCCGAAUGUAAAAUUUCAGAAUUAUAUCAAUGGCAGUAUCGCUUUUUUUGGUGGUUUCGUGUCACAAAUAGCACAUUUUUGAGUGUUUUUUGAGUUUAGGAAGAUGGCCUACUUGGAGGAAAAAUUUGAAAAAAAAUACCAAUUAUUGUACUCAUGCAGAUAAUAUAAUAUUUUUGAAAAAAUUCGCAUUGCUCGACUCAUGUCUCCUCUAUUUAUUUUCGGUGAUUUCAACAUUUUUUUAUUCAAAACUCGUGGAAGUAUUAUUUCCCCCCUCCCCCCCCCCAAUGCGUUUUUUUACCAUUGUCUGCAAGGGAGGGGGUGCGGUGCUCUUUUGUUUUUUAAAUGCCAAAACGCUGCAGAGAUGAUUCGUGAUUCAUCCUUUUUUUUAGGAAUAUACGCGUUUUUGCGACUUGCAGUACGCCGAGAAGUUUGUAUGCGAUAUGAUUACUAUAUUGCGUACCCAAGUAAUUACGCGCUUGUAAAUAAAUCCGUGAUAUUUUUCUCUUCUAUGUAUAAAUCUAUUAUUUAUGUAGUAUCGUAUGCCUCUUUUUUAUAUAUUUUCAUUCCAAUUUUUUUUUCUUUUUUUUGUUCGAUCUGUUUUAUUUUAUUUUUGUAUAUUCUCUUCGCCCAGUUUACGAUUACUUUUUAUAACAUUUUCCUUUGUAUUUUAUUUGUUCGACUUUUACCCUUUUUUAUUUCUUUUUUUCUUUUUCUUUUUUUUUUGUGCGCCUAAUAUAUAGUUCCUGGAAGACUUGAUAAUGUACUUAAUAAGAAAACACGCGUGUAUGUGUUAUUUAUUCGUUUAUUUUUUUCAUUUUUUUAUUCAUUUUUGAAUUUUUUUUUAAGACGAUUAACAACGCGUGUAAUGAAUGAAAUGAUUGUCACGAAUGUAAUUUUUCUGAUAAGUUUUUUUUCGUCGCUUCGAUUUUCUCGGCUAAAUCUAAAUCUAUCCUUGUUAUCGUUUUUUUUUGUUUUACGAGCACUCAUUACGUAAGCUGAAUACUCCUCGGAUUAAAUUUUAAUUAAAUGUAAAAUAGACCACGUGUAUUUUCCCCAUUUUUCUAGCUAAAAUUUACUUACUUGGUCAGAAUUUUUCAUUCGUGUUUGUCGGUUAUUGUUUUUUUUUUAUUACUAAUACCUACGUAGAUCUUAUUUAACCCAUUAACAAUUUAUGUUCCUCUGAUAAUUAUCUACUUCUGUUCGUGUACUGUACAUCAACGAGUGCCCAUACCUAAUAAGCGAGUAUUUGCGAAUACGUCUCGUUUAGUUUUUUUUUUUUUUGAGUCCUCGUAACUUGAAAAUAUGAAAAGGCGAACGAUGCGCUUCUUCUACCCAGUCUUAGUGCUUUUGUGUAUAGGUUUUUGGCUUGUAAAAAAUACGAGGACUCAAUUUUACUACAGGUAUUGGGAGUUUUUUGAAUGUCCAGUACUACUAUUAAUUGUUAGAUACUUUGUUUUCAUCUCACUUUUAAAGUUUUAAAACGUAUAAAUAAUACGACUUCUUAGCUAAUUUCUUCGCAAUGUUUUACGUACUCGUAUAUCCGUCCCUAUUGUGUGUUUUAAUCUCGUUUUCGCGUAUUUUCUACUUUGUACUUUCAUUAUAUAAUCAAAUGUAAUGUAUUCUAUAGAUAUGUAAACUUAUUCUCGUGUUUGGUGGUUAAGACCGGAGGGGAGGGGGGAGGGAGGUGUAUCAACGAAUAAUCGUCAGUCAACGAUUGUAGACAUUUUUUUAAUGUUUUUUUUUCACCCUCUGUUGAGGUUAUUUUGUAACGAUACGAUGUAUUUACCACUUAUUUAUUCGUUUUUCGUUUAUCGAUAUCUAGAAAAUUUUGUUUUUUUAAUACCUUUAGUAAUACUCGUUUUGGUUUUUAUUUCCUCAACUUGCAUUUAUUAUUCCAUGAAUUAAUACUGAAUCUCGAGAUUUCUUUCGAAUCACUGCCGACCUUUCAGUAUUGUUAUCAACGGAGAUCGACAUGAAUUUUGUGAUUACACGAUUUAUAGGUACCUUAUUUUGACUCAUACGAGGUCGCUUCUGUCGAGUUUGCUUUUACCCCUAUAUUGAUUUUUUUCAAGUAAAAUUUUCAUCGAAAAUAUUAAUUGUACGCGUGUAUAUUUUUUCCAUCCUGCCUGUCGCCUAAUAAGUGUUUAUCUUCGUUAUAUUUUAUUUAUUUAUUUUUUUCAUGUUUUUAAAUCAGUUUUUAUGUUUUCACUCGUCUGGAUUUAGAUCUGCAGUAUGUCUUAAAUGUUGCCUUUGCCCUCGUUUUUAUUUAUUACUCAAAGAAAGUCUUGUUUCAAUCUCCUCUGGUUAAAUGAUGUUGUACAAUCUGGGGUAUUUGUUUUCUCCCUCGUUUCCUAUAUUGAUGGGUAGUGCAUCCUAUGCUACAUAUUUGUAUUAUUUAAUAUGUAUAUUUAUUUAUGUACUCGUAUUUUUUUUUUUUUUUUCGAAUUUUCGUUAUUAUUCGACAAUUUUGUAUAGUCGCUUUGAUUUGAUUUGAACAAUUAUGUACCUUACGUGAACCGAGUGUUUGCGAUCUUGUAAAUGUUUGUAAUGAAGCUUGAACGGUAUGUUGUACAUACAUACAAUAAAUUGAUAUCUACGUUUUUUUAAAAA